UAUCGGAAGUCAAAAAUCCCACGUUGUUUUAAGGGUAUAAAAUCACUUGAUGUGGACUAUGAGUACAACAAAAAAGCGUGGAUGACAAGUGAAAUUUAUGAUAAGUGGCUCAAAAGUCUAGAUAAAGUCUUUGUUGCCCAAAAUAGGAAAAUACUACUGUUCGUUGACAAUUGUCCGGCACAUCCUAAAAAUGUACAAGCAAACUUAAAAAACAUUAAACUGCAAUAUUUUCCUCCUAAUUUGACGUCUGUUCUACAACCAAUGGACCAAGGGAUUAUUCAAAAUCUCAAGCAACAUUAUAGAAAACGAAUUGUGAUGAAAGUUUUGGCCCAUAUGGAAGAACCAACUCCUACGACUGUGUCCUUACUUGAUGCAAUCAGGGAUCUAAACAAAACCUGGAAUUUGGGUGUAAAACCACAAACAAUCAGCAAUUGUUUUAGAAAGGCUGGUUUUGCUAAAGGUGAGUUAAUGCAGAAUGCUACUACGGAUGACUGGGAUGAAGAAGACAAUCUUCCAUUGUCUGAAUUGAAACAAAUUUGGACCACAUAUCGAACGGCAAUGGGAACCGAUAAUGUGUCUUUUGAUGAUUACGUCGAUACUGACCAUGGUGUGCAAACAAUGGGAUUCCCAACAGAUGAAGACAUUUUAGAUAGCGUCAUGGAAAAUCUAGUUCCUUCUGGAAAAGACUAAGAGGAGGAAGUCUCUAGUGAAAGCGAGGUUGUAACAACAACUGAAACUAUACCCACAUUUAAUCAAUCGUAUUCUGCUAUCCAGACCCUAAGAAAUUUUACUUCGUCAAAGAAAAUGUUCCCAUGCGUCAAUAAAUGUAGUGGAACAUUUUAUAGAGAAAGAGAAAUGGUCCGUAUUUAAACAAAAAAAAAAUUACCAAUUUUUUCCAAUAAGAAUUUAUAUACAUUUAUAUAUAUACUACAUAUGUAUUACAAACUGUCUUUUUAAAUAAACAUGUACAUACAUACAUAUGUAAAUAAAUUUGAACUCAACUUAGUGUAUUUUCCUUAAUUCGAAUUUUCCGUAACUCGAACUCUACUUUCUGUCCCUUGGACAUUCGAGUUAGGGAAGUUCCACUGUAUCUGGUUUUUUACCCGCUGAUGGUUUGCAGGGUUGUGCAUGCAUUAUUUGUGUGGGAAUGUCAUACGCACAUAUGCAUGUAUGUAUGUACCAGAGUGCUGCAACAAGUAUGAUAAAAUCAGAACAAGCAGGCGUGCCAAAACACAAUCAAAUCAAUUCAGUUCAGCAUAGACAACAUUGUUAAUCAAUUCAAGUAGCCGC